AUGAGCAGUAGCAAGAAAUUGGCCGGUCUUAGGGACAAUUUCAGCUUGCUCGGCGAAAAGAAUAAAAUCUUGGUCGCCAAUAGAGGUGAAAUUCCGAUUAGAAUUUUUAGAUCCGCUCAUGAGCUGUCCAUGAGAACCACCGCCAUAUACUCUCAUGAGGACCGUCUUUCAAUGCAUAGGUUGAAGGCCGAUGAAGCGUACGUCAUCGGGGAAGAGGGCCAGUAUACACCUGUGGGUGCGUACUUGGCCAUGGACGAGAUCAUCGAGAUUGCAAAAAAGCAUAAAGUGGAUUUCAUCCAUCCAGGUUAUGGGUUCUUGUCUGAAAAUUCGGAAUUCGCCGACAAAGUGGUGAAGGCCGGUAUUACUUGGAUUGGACCUCCAGCUGAAGUCAUUAACUCUGUAGGUGACAAGGUCUCUGCCAGACACUUGGCAGCAAGAGCUAAUGUUCCCACUGUUCCCGGUACUCCAGGACCCAUCGAAACUGUGCAAGAGGCACUUGACUUCGUUAAUGAAUAUGGCUACCCGGUGAUUAUUAAAGCCGCUUUUGGUGGUGGUGGUAGAGGUAUGAGAGUCGUUAGGGAAGGUGACGACGUUGCUGAUGCUUUUCAGCGUGCUACGUCAGAAGCGCGCACUGCUUUCGGUAACGGUACCUGUUUUGUGGAAAGAUUCUUGGACAAGCCAAAGCAUAUUGAAGUUCAAUUGCUAGCCGAUAACCACGGAAACGUGGUUCAUCUUUUUGAAAGAGACUGUUCUGUGCAAAGAAGGCACCAAAAAGUUGUCGAAGUAGCUCCAGCAAAGACUCUGCCUCGCGCAGUCCGCGAUGCUAUUUUGACAGAUGCUGUUAAAUUGGCUAAAGUGUGUGGUUACAGAAACGCAGGUACUGCUGAAUUUUUGGUUGACAACCAGAACAGACACUAUUUCAUUGAAAUUAACCCAAGAAUUCAAGUGGAGCAUACCAUUACUGAAGAAAUUACUGGUAUUGACAUUGUUUCUGCGCAAAUUCAAAUUGCUGCGGGUGCAACUUUAACUCAAUUAGGUCUUUUACAGGACAAAAUCACCACCCGUGGUUUUUCCAUCCAGUGCCGUAUUACCACUGAAGACCCUUCCAAGAACUUCCAACCGGAUACUGGCCGCCUGGAGGUCUAUCGUUCUGCCGGUGGUAAUGGUGUGAGAUUGGACGGUGGUAACGCCUAUGCUGGCGCCACUAUCUCUCCUCACUACGACUCAAUGCUGGUCAAAUGUUCAUGCUCUGGUUCCACUUAUGAAAUUGUCCGUAGGAAGAUGAUUCGUGCCCUGAUCGAAUUCAGAAUCAGAGGUGUCAAGACCAACAUUCCUUUCUUAUUGACUCUUUUGACCAAUCCGGUCUUUAUUGAGGGUACAUACUGGACGACUUUUAUUGAUGACACACCACAACUGUUCCAAAUGGUUUCGUCACAAAACAGAGCGCAAAAAUUGUUACAUUAUUUGGCGGACUUGGCAGUCAACGGUUCUUCUAUCAAGGGUCAAAUUGGCUUGCCAAAAUUGAAAUCAAAUCCAAGUGUUCCUCAUUUGCACGACACUCAGGGCAAUGUCAUCAACGUUACAAAGACUGCACCACCAUCCGGAUGGAGACAAGUGCUCUUAGAAAGGGGACCAGCUGAAUUUGCCAAGCAAGUCAGACAGUUCAACGGUACUCUGUUAAUGGAUACCACCUGGAGAGACGCUCAUCAAUCUCUACUCGCAACUAGAGUCAGAACCCAUGAUCUAGCUACAAUCGCUCCGACAACCGCACAUGCCCUCGCAGGUGCUUUCGCUUUAGAAUGUUGGGGUGGUGCUACAUUCGAUGUCGCAAUGAGAUUCUUGCAUGAAGAUCCAUGGGAACGUCUAAGAAAAUUAAGAGCCUUGGUGCCCAAUAUUCCAUUCCAAAUGUUAUUGCGUGGUGCCAACGGUGUAGCUUACUCUUCACUGCCUGACAAUGCUAUUGACCAUUUCGUCAAGCAAGCCAAGGAUAACGGUGUUGACAUAUUUAGAGUUUUUGAUGCCUUGAAUGAUUUAGAACAAUUGAAAGUUGGUGUGAAUGCUGUUAAGAAGGCCGGUGGUGUAGUUGAAGCUACUGUUUGUUACUCUGGUGACAUGCUUCAGCCAGGUAAGAAAUACAACUUGGAUUACUACUUAGAAGUUGUUGAAAAGGUAGUUCAAAUGGGUACUCAUAUCCUAGGUAUUAAGGAUAUGGCAGGUACUAUGAAACCGGCUGCCGCCAGAUUAUUAAUCGGCUCCUUAAGAACUAGAUAUCCAGAUUUACCAAUUCAUGUUCACAGUCAUGACUCUGCAGGUACUGCUGUUGCGUCCAUGUCUGCAUGCGCCCUUGCAGGUGCUGAUGUUGUUGAUGUAGCUAUCAACUCAAUGUCAGGGUUGACCUCCCAGCCAUCAAUUAAUGCAUUGCUGGCUUCAUUGGAAGGUAACAUUGAUACUGGAAUUAACGUUGAGCAUGUUCGUGAAUUAGACGCAUACUGGGCCGAAAUGAGACUGUUAUAUUCUUGUUUCGAAGCAGACUUAAAGGGUCCAGAUCCAGAAGUUUAUCAACAUGAAAUUCCAGGUGGCCAAUUGACUAACUUGUUAUUCCAAGCUCAACAACUGGGCCUCGGUGAACAAUGGGCGGAAACCAAGAGAGCCUACAGAGAAGCCAAUUACUUGUUGGGUGAUAUUGUUAAAGUUACUCCAACUUCUAAGGUUGUCGGUGACUUAGCCCAAUUCAUGGUUUCUAACAAAUUGACUUCCGACGAUAUUAGACGUUUAGCUAAUUCUUUGGACUUCCCUGAUUCUGUUAUGGACUUUUUUGAAGGUUUAAUUGGUCAACCAUACGGUGGGUUCCCAGAGCCAUUAAGAUCUGAUGUAUUAAGAAACAAGAGAAGAAAGUUGACAUGUCGUCCAGGUUUAGAAUUAGAACCAUUUGAUCUCGAAAAAAUUAGAGAAGACCUGCAAAACAGAUUCGGUGAUAUUGAUGAAUGUGACGUUGCUUCUUACAAUAUGUACCCAAGGGUCUAUGAAGACUUCCAAAAGAUCAGAGAAACAUAUGGUGACUUAUCGGUACUACCAACCAAAAAUUUCCUAGCACCAGCAGAACCUGAUGAAGAAAUUGAAGUCACAAUCGAACAAGGUAAGACUUUGAUUAUCAAGUUACAAGCUGUUGGUGAUUUGAAUAAGAAGACUGGUCAAAGAGAAGUAUAUUUUGAAUUGAACGGUGAAUUAAGAAAGAUCAGAGUUGCUGAUAAGUCACAAAACAUACAAUCGGUUGCUAAGCCAAAGGCUGACGUCCACGAUACACACCAAAUCGGUGCACCAAUGGCCGGUGUUAUUAUAGAAGUUAAAGUACACAAAGGCUCUUUGGUGAAAAAGGGUGAAUCGAUUGCUGUUUUGAGUGCCAUGAAAAUGGAAAUGGUUGUCUCUUCACCAGCAGAUGGUCAAGUUAAAGAUGUUUUCAUUAAAGAUGGUGAAAGUGUUGACGCAUCAGAUUUGCUUGUUGUCCUAGAAGAAGAAACGCUACCCCCAUCUCAAAAAAAGUAA